CUCGGGGCCAUGGAGUCUCAGGUGGCGGGGGGCCCGGCUGGCCCGGCCCUGCCCAACGGGCCACUCCUUGGUACAAACGGAGCCAGUGAUGACAGCAAGACCAACCUCAUCGUCAACUACCUGCCCCAGAACAUGACCCAGGAUGAGUUCAAAAGUCUCUUCGGCAGCAUUGGUGACAUUGAGUCCUGCAAGUUGGUUCGGGACAAGAUCACAGGGCAGAGCCUCGGCUACGGGUUUGUGAACUACUCUGACCCCAACGAUGCAGACAAAGCCAUCAACACCCUCAACGGCCUCAAACUGCAGACGAAGACCAUCAAGGUGUCCUAUGCCAGACCCAGCUCCGCCUCCAUCCGGGAUGCGAACCUGUACGUCAGCGGGCUCCCCAAGACGAUGAGCCAGAAAGAGAUGGAGCAGCUCUUCUCCCAGUACGGCCGCAUCAUCACUUCUCGCAUCCUGGUGGACCAGGUCACAGGUGUCUCUCGGGGUGUGGGAUUCAUCCGCUUUGACAAGAGGAUCGAGGCUGAGGAGGCUAUCAAAGGACUGAACGGGCAGAAGCCGCUGGGUGCGGCCGAGCCCAUCACGGUCAAGUUUGCCAACAACCCGAGUCAGAAGACCGGGCAGGCCCUGCUCACUCACCUCUACCAGUCCUCCGCCAGGCGUUACGCAGGCCCCCUGCACCAUCAGACACAGCGCUUCCGGCUGGACAAUUUGCUCAACAUGGCCUACGGAGUCAAGAGUCCCCUGUCGCUCAUCGCCAGGUUCUCACCCAUCGCCAUUGACGGCAUGAGCGGCCUCGCGGGCGUGGGCCUGUCGGGGGGCGCGGCGGGCGCUGGCUGGUGCAUCUUCGUGUACAACCUGUCUCCGGAGGCGGAUGAGAGUGUGCUGUGGCAGCUGUUCGGGCCCUUCGGGGCAGUCACCAAUGUCAAGGUCAUCCGCGAUUUUACCACCAACAAGUGCAAGGGCUUCGGCUUCGUCACCAUGACCAACUAUGACGAGGCGGCCAUGGCCAUCGCCAGCCUCAAUGGCUACCGCCUGGGCGAGCGUGUGCUGCAGGUGUCCUUCAAGACCAGCAAACAGCACAAGGCCUGA